CUUCUACUGAAUCUAGAGGCAAACACAACUCCACAUAGUACUGAGAUCUAGCCGCGCACCCAUUUCCUCGCACAGUCCACAGAUGUGUAUGUGUGUGUGGGGGCACCAGUAAACAUAGUGCUGCUACAGAUAAACUCCAAAUCGCUCUAGCCUUGUGAGUGAGACGAGGGGGGGUUUUUUGGAUCUGAAUUCAAAUCCGCAUAGCCUGGAUUGGAUUAUUAUUUUUCCCCUCGUUGUGAACCCCAGUUUAAGAGGAUACCUGUUACUUUCCGUUUUUUGGUUGAUUAUAGAGAGCACUGUCCCAGGUGUGAGGAGGGCACAGAAUGAGUCAAGCUGCAGAUGCGUGAGGGAGGCUGUGUCCAGAAGGAUAAGCACCUUGCCGUGUCUUGCUCCUUAGAGGAAAGAAGAACAUUUAUUGUCUGCUUCAGGAGAAGGGACCAAAGCUCUGGAUUAAUGUGUACACAGGCUCGACAAGGUAGCAGAGGAUUCUGGGUUACCUGAAGACCUGGAGUACAUAAGUGAGCAGGCCAGGAUUGAGCCUGUGGCAUAGGGGAUUGGCAUGGCUCAGACCAGCUUUGUGUCAACUCAUCAUGCCUGUUGGGCCUGAUUGCAGAGAGGAGCCUUUGCUAAAACUCAGCUUGUCCUACACACGGAUCACGAUACAACACCCAAAAAAUCUAAUUUGCAGUUAUGGCUGUUGAGCUCGACAAUUUCAACACCCAUUAGGAUUUUUAAUAUUACCUGAGAGCGCAUGCUUUGUCAGUGAGGGGAAUGCUUUUUCUACAGGCUUAUCUGCCAUGGUAAAGGCAUUGAAAGCAUGAGUCUCUGACAACACAGAGGAGGUCAUCGUCUAAACAAGGAUCAGCUCAGCAAACACUGACCAGGUCAGGAUAUUACCAGAAACCCCUCGGACAAACUUAUCCUCACAGAAAGGAUAAGAGAAAAUCUUGAUUGGAUUUUUGGCGGCUGGAAAAGAUUUGCCACAUCAUAUAAAUCAGGGGCUCUUGACUGAUUAGACUGCCAGGCAAGACAGCUUCAAGAUGGUGCGUCAGUGCAAGGCCUUUAUCCUCUUCCUCAUCAAGAUCGGGCUGCUGCUGGGUCUUGCUAACCCCCUGGUGACCUCCGCCUCAUGUCCCUCAGUUUGCCGCUGUGAUGGGACCUUCAUCUAUUGUAAUGACCGUGGCCUGACUUCCAUCCCUACCGGACUACCCCAGGAUGCUACAGUCCUUUUUCUCCAAAAUAAUCGCAUCAAGAGCUCAGGCAUUCCUGCAGAGCUCCGCAGGCUCUCAAAUGUGGAGAAGAUUUACCUUUACUGCAACAAUCUGGAUGAGUUCCCCACUAACCUUCCUCUUGGGCUAAAAGAGCUUCACCUUCAAGAGAACAACAUUCGGAUGAUUACCCAUGCCUCUCUGGCCCAAAUUCCCUAUAUUGAAGAACUGCACCUGGAUGAUAACUCAGUAUCAGCAGUCAGCAUAGAGGAGGGGGCCUUUAGGGACAGUAAUCACCUCAGACUGCUUUUCCUCUCCAGAAACCACCUAAGUACCAUCCCUUCAGGCCUACCCAUGAGCAUUGAGGAGCUCCGCUUUGAUGACAACCGCAUCUCGUCCAUCUCAGAGCAGUCGCUUCAAGAUCUCAUCAACCUGAAGCGACUAAUCCUGGAUGGUAACCUGCUUAACAACCGUGGGAUUGGGGAAAUUGCUUUCAUCAACCUGAUCAACCUGACUGAGCUCUCGUUAGUGAGAAACUCCUUGACAUCACCACCAGCUAACUUACCCGGCACUAGUUUGGAGAAGCUGCAGCUACAAGAUAAUCACAUUAAUCGUGUCCCGCCUGGGGCUUUUGCCUUCCUUAGGCAGCUGUAUCGCCUGGACCUCUCUGGCAACAACCUGAGCAGCCUCCCUCAGGGUGUUUUUGAAGAUCUGGACAAUCUCACACAGCUCCUGCUACGCAACAACCCCUGGCAAUGCACUUGCAGGAUGAAGUGGGUGCGUGAUUGGCUGCGGUCAUUGCCAUCUAAGGUGAAUGUACGUGGCUUCAUGUGCCAGGGUCCUGAUAAAGUCAAAGGCAUGGCAAUUAAAGACCUAACGACAGACAUGUUUGACUGCACAGAUUCAGAACUCAUCUCCACGUAUGAGACAAGCACAGUCUCCAACACUUUACGUCCCUCACAGCCCCAGUGGCCCUUAUUUGUGACUAAAAGGCCAAUAGUAAAAGGGCCUGACUUCGGUAGGAAUUACCACAGCACUACCACCUCUUCAGGCAGAAAAAUCAUCACCAUCAGUGUGAAGUCAAGUAGUGCAGAUACAAUACACAUAUCAUGGAGGGUGUCACAGCCCAUGACUGCCCUACGGCUCAGUUGGCUAAAGCUGGGACACAGCCCUGCUUUUGGCUCUAUCACUGAGACCAUUGUGCAGGGGGAGAGGAAGGAGUACCUGCUCACUGCGCUGGAGCCAGAGUCUUCCUAUAGGAUAUGCAUGGUUCCCAUGGAGACCAGCAACAUUUACCUGUCAGACGAAACCCCUGUUUGCAUAGAGACAGAGACUGGCUCUCAUAAAUCGUACAACCCGACCACAACUUUAAACAGAGAGCAGGAGAAAGAGCCUUACAAAAAUUCCAGUCUGCCUUUGGCUGCUAUCAUUGGAGGGGCGGUGGCGCUUUUGGCAAUAAUCAUGUUGGCACUGGUGUGCUGGUAUGUGCACAGGAAUGGUUCACUUUUUGCCAGGAACUGCACCUACAACAAAGGCCGCCGGAGAAAGGAUGACUAUGCUGAGGCUGGCACUAAGAAGGACAACUCCAUUCUUGAAAUACGAGAGACAUCUUUUCAGAUGAUACCUAUAAAUAACCUGCCUGUGUCCAAGGAGGAGUUUGUGAUACACACGAUUUUCCCCCCUAAUGGCCUGAGUUUAUACAAAAGCCCUCAUAGUGAGAACAGUAUCAACAACAGGAGCUACAGAGACAGUGGAAUACCAGAUUCAGACCAUUCCCAUUCAUGAUAUUGCGCAUGGCCAUUCACAGUGAGUGUGCAACGUAAACAGAGUGUCAAGACUUUUACAAAACACUGGAUCUAUAAGACUAAGGAAGCAAUGUUCUGUACAUUUGCCAUAUAAUUUAUAUUUAAGGACAUUUUAUGAAGACGGAGAACGUUCCAGUUGCAGGCCAUCACUGAACCAUCAGUGGGUAUUGUAACUAACUGCAAUUCUAUAUUUUAGGGAUUUGUAGUAAUUUGUACUGUAUUUCCUUUGCUUAAAGUUAUCAACUAAAAGAGACUCUGUGUUCUACUGAGAUAUGAUGACUUGUCAACUGUGAAAGUGGGUUUUCAUUGCUGUGUUGAACAAUCAGACCUUAGAAAACCUUGUAGUAUAAGCACAGGUCAUUCUUUUAACUUUGUGGCUGUCUGAAAAAGAAAAAGGCAAAAAAAUGACAUUACGUAAACUAAGGCACAGCUGAUCAACUAAUUUUCAAAGCAGGCAUGUCCGCCCUCUAAAAGAAUGAGCAGCAAGUAGCUGUCUCCAGAUUCUAUGGACCAAGAGUCUUGCUCCACUGUUCACCAGGUAUCAAGUACGAAUAUCUAAACAUGAGGUGCCAUGCUUUAUUUCUCUGCUUUUUUCAGUGUGUGAUUUUUUUUUUCUAUUUGCAAGAGGAAGAAACACAGCAAAGCAAUCCAAGCAGGGUUCCAGUGUUUCUGAUGGGAUUGUAGGCCACAGCACAGGGCAGAUAAAGCACACUGACCUUAAGGAGUUCUCUGCUCCUCAAAACAAGUAGACUGGACAGGCUGACACAGAGGACCCCCCACUAUCUCUAUUUGUACAAGCCAACAAUGGCCAAACGACAAUGGCGGCAUUCUUUAGUACCAUGUACCAUACGUCAUUCUUGUCACCAGGCCGAAAAGACAAAACAUGUUGGCUUUCAUUAGAAUUACCACAGUGGCAGCAACUCCUUGUUAUGAGUAUUAUUUUGUAUUAUUUUCCAAAUGAACACACUUUUAUGUUUUCACAAUUUGAAGUUAACUGUUCUUAACAAUUGAAAACCAAAGUGCAUUGUAUGCCCUUUGGCCAGUCUUGUAUGUGCCUUGAUCCAAUGCUUAUUGUAUUUAGCUUUUUAAGAAACCAGUGACUUUUUUUCAUACACACUUGAAUAUGAAAAAUAUUGGUCAUAUUACAGAAUAAAAGUGGACAAAAAUAACUUUGCUCUUCCUUACCUUGAAUACAACAAACCCCACUCAAAUUACUCAAAUACUUUUUAAAUGUGCUGUCUGUCUACUUUUUAAAUUCAAUUACUAUUGCCCCACACUAUGCUAUGGGUAUCUGUGAUUGCUCAGUUUAUUCCUUUCUACUCCAAAGAUUUCUAUCCUUAUCCUCUCUUCCCCCUAAAAAAAAGGAUACAAGGGAACUGUUUUAUUCAUUUAUAUCUCAAAUUACUGUCUGACCACACAGUAUAAAAACAGCUGGGAGAUGAAAAACAUAAUUCACUGCAUUUUUAUCUUUCACAAUGAUCUUGACUCAUAGCCUUUUAAACCACAUCUCCCCUUCCAAGACAUAGUAAGCUCUUUAACAAUAACUCGGAUACUGUUCUUGAAACCCAGUUUUCCACUCCAUGGGCAGUUUGCAGAGCAACAUCUGCUUGAGGCUGCUGCUGUUCUUUCGUGCAGUGAUGCCAUGUGUGACUUAUCCGAUUGGCCAGAGAGAGAAAUGUCACAGUAGAGUAGAAAUAGGACUGUGGAGAGAUUGGACUCGAGGGUUUGAUGAACCUCCCAGGCACCAGGGUAACUGGAAACUAAUGACGAGCCACCAUAUGGAGGGGUAGUACAGGCAGACCCUGAUGGGGAUGCCCGUCCCUGCAGAGGACAGAGUAUAUAUACACUGCUUCCGGCUCCAGGCAGCACAUUUAAUGACAUGAUUGCAGCUCACCCGUGCAAGGGCCCACGAAAAGGUACACAUGCAAAAGCAGUAAAAUAGCCUAUUAGCCCAUUUUACAAAUGCAUCCAACAGACCAUCUUGUGAAAGCUAUCAUAAAGAUUUCAGAUUAUACUCACUAGAAUCUAGCAUUGACCAUGCUCUUACAUAAAAGCACGUCAGUAUGUAUCACAAAAAAUAACGCAGAAUCACAUUCACACACCCACAAGAUCUUCACACAGUGAACGCUUUAAUUAAAGUAAGGGGAGCAACUAAAAGCUGCACAAGCUAUCCAAACCUUAAGUAUACACUAACCCUGCCCUUUACACUAAAUAUAUUUCACAUCAACUUGAAAUUAAAGUAAAAAGACAAUCUACUUUUAGAACGCGGAACAGUAAUAGUUUCCAUAUGAAUGUUGUUCUUUGACUGUUCAGCACUAGUGCUAAUUUAUUUGAGCAAAUAAAAAAAGAAACUGAAUAUUGCUAUUUUUUCUUUCAUUACACUGAAGUGAACAAAGCACCCUUAUCAAAGAUAACAGUUUUCACAGUGAAUAUUGUGGUCUUCUACAGAAACACAAAAGAAAAAAUAUAUAAUGUGCUAUUAACUUUUGGGGGGAAAUUAAGUCAAAUAUCAUUAUUAUCAGUCUAGCUGAAAAUGUGUGAGAUCUCACUGGGCUUCACAGCAUCAGCUUCUUGCAGAUGAAUGAGGUGGCUCCACAAAUACUGAAAAGAGGCUAAGCACUCCAUUGCUUGAGCAGAGCGUCCAUAUGUCUAUUAACUACAAGAACCUCUUAAAAUGCUUCAAGUGAUAUUUUUGGGCCACAAGGACUUUAAACGCAGUCUACUGAUGA